CUCAUUACAAAUAAGGGGUUUUGUUCAACACAAACAUUACCUACCUUUUGCACCAUUUUCACCUUCAAAUUCAUCUUCAAUCAAUAGAGCGAGAAUUUAGGGUUUUUGUUCGUUGGAGAAGAUGACAACGCCGGAUUUUGUUCAUUCUCCAUGGACUCCUGAAGACGAUCAGCUGCUCAGGACUUCUAUUGAGGCUGGAUUUUCUCUAGCAGCACUAACUAACGGGGCAGUAAAGUUUUCUUGUAAAUUUACGCUUCGCGAAAUUCAAGAUCGCUGGCAUUCUCUUCUCUAUGGUACUCCUGAUGACUCCCCUUCACAAAAUGAAUCGAUGAUGAAAAAUGCGACAUGCAUUGAUGAAUCGGGGCCAUCUGAAACUCCUCUUAUUGAAAAACUUACCGAAAAUAACACAACAGUUUGUGGAGUAUGUGGAGGGAAACACCAUUUUAACCCCCCUAUUUCAGAUGGUAGCGCGUCUCUCUGGAGGACCAUGCAAGAUAUUCUUGCACUUGAUAUGCCAGUUGAUGAGAACAAUGCAGAAAUUCAACAGGUUGUAGAAGAAGCAUUAGCACUCCAUGAUGAUAAGAGUUUGUGAGGGCUAAGUUGAUGGGGGCCAUGUUAUCAUGGAGUAAACUGAAUUAGAAGCAUUAUGGGAGGUGAAGAUGAUCAAACAUCAUAAGACUAUGUGUGAUAGUUUGUUACUUUUUUUUUUUUUUUUUUUGU